GCAUCACAAAUGACGGUGCACCGGCUCGUGGACGGACUAGCGAGGUGCGAGCCUGACUCGUCGUCGUCGUCGUCGUCUUCGUCGUCGUCUUCGUCGGUUUAGCAGACAGAGAGAGGCACGAGAUGAAUCGAAGAGUGGGAUACAGCAACUACGAUGGCAAGAUCGCCGGGCUCUACGACCUGGAGGAGACCCUCGGCCGCGGCCACUUUGCCGUGGUGAAGCUGGCGCGGCACGUUUUCACCGGUGAGAAGGUGGCAGUGAAGGUCAUCGACAAAAGCAAGCUCGAUGAGGUCUCGAGGGCGCAUCUCUUCCAAGAGGUGCGGUGCAUGAAGCUGGUGCAGCAUCCCAAUGUCGUGCGGCUGUACGAGGUGAUAGACACGCAGACCAAGCUAUACCUAAUUCUAGAGCUCGGCGAUGGCGGGGAUCUCUACGAUUACAUCAUGCGCCACGACAGCGGCCUCAGCGAGGAGGUGGCCAGGACCUACUUUCGGCAGAUAGUCAGAGCCAUAUCGUACUGUCACCGACUACACGUGGUGCACAGGGACCUGAAGCCCGAGAACGUCGUGUUUUUCGAGAAGCUCGGCACGGUGAAGCUGACGGAUUUCGGGUUCAGCAAUAGAUUCUGCCCCGGCCAGAAGCUUGAGACCUCGUGCGGCUCGCUGGCGUACUCCGCGCCCGAGAUACUACUGGGUGAUAGUUACGAUGCUCCUGCAGUAGACGUGUGGUCGUUAGGUGUGAUACUGUACAUGUUGGUGUGCGGCCAGGCGCCGUUUCAAGAGGCGAACGAUAGCGAGACGCUGACGAUGAUCAUGGAUUGCAAGUACUCGAUCCCGUCGCACGUGUCGGACGACUGCAAGCGGUUGAUCGCGAGGAUGCUCGUGCGGGAACCCGAGGGCAGAGCGUCCCUGGAGGAGAUCGCGGCGGAUCCGUGGCUGGCGAUCGGUUCGGACGCGGACACGAUGGAGACGCUGCCGCUCGUGUCGCGCCAGCAGGUCUCCGACGACCACCACAAUCACAUUAUUACCAAAAUGGUUAACGGUAACAUCGCCACCAAGGAAGAGAUUUUGGACGCGCUUGACAAAAACGAGUACAAUCACAUCACCGCGACGUACUUCCUGCUGGCGGAGAGGAAAUUGCGCGCCCAUCGGCAGGAGCAGAUGCAGAAGACUCGACCGGAAGCCCUAGACGUUUCGUCGAGCCGGCAGGACGAUCUGACAACAAACUUGCGCGUGGAUCAAAACUCCCUGGGUACGGUGAACCAGUCGCUGCUGAGCGUGCCACGAACUCCCGGUGACGUACCACAGAACGUACGCACGCGCAAAUGCAGUAUCGUCCAAGAGGAGGAAGACGAGGACGACGUGUCCUCGUGCUCCGGCCGGGACGAGCGCGGCAGUAAUUCGGCGCUAAAUUCCUUUAACCGCCGCGGCUCCCGUUCGGAAGGCAAACUCUCGCAUAUCCUGCAAGAGCGGCUGUCGCAGCUUCCGGAGAAGCAUGCCGGCGCGAAACCCGCGCAGGUCCAGCGACACUCGCAUCAGAAGGAGGAUACCGUGAUCGCCGACAGGGGAGAAAGACUGAUGAAGCCGAUAAGUUCGAGAAACGAGAAGGACAACAAGAUGUCGUCGUCGCCGGCGAAGGCGAACAGCAAGCUUCAAUCGGGCAACGUCCUUUUGAAGAAGCUACCCGCAGCGCCGCGGAUUACCACGACGUGUGAGGAGAAUAUGAAGAACCGAUUGACCGACACGAACGUUCAAUCGUCGGGGUGGACUAGAAAAGCCGCCGGCACGGAGGUCAGGCCCAAGUCAGUGACGGAAUGUUUGAAGUCGGUCGGACCGGUGCCAGCGAACAAAUGGCGAAUGGGCGGGCAGCAUCGGUACAGCGUGCCGACUACGGAGUUGUCCGCGUCGGUGAUACCCUCGAAAGCUCCGUCCGAAGCUCCUACGACGACGACGACAACUGCGACUACCACAAUACUGCACGAAUCAUCGACCGUGUCGAUACCCCUUCACCCAAUCAGCGACAAUCAGGUGACGUUGGCGCCCAAGUACAAGACGAUGCCGUCGCCUGGCAACUCGCCCGCGCCGCAGAUUACGCUCAACGAGAUCCUCGAGGACGGGGACGGUGUGCAGGCGCCGUUAAACUCAACGGAGUGCGGCGGUUCAACGGCCAAGUGCCGCGUUGUCAGGCGGACGGCGUACGAACAGCGGCGGAGCAAGUUCCACAAGACGCGUACGACCUCGUGCUCGAGCUCGGACGCCAGUGACGACGACAGCGAGAGCAGGAAGAAGCGCGCGCACAAGCUUGGCGCGUCCACGGGCAAGUCCUUGCCUCCGCGGCGCGACAGUCACGACGACUCGAGUGACUCGCAAGACCCGGGUGGGAACGGUGGGCGCGGAGGCGUUGGCGGCGGCGGUGGCGUAAACAACAGCGAGCGCACGACAACGGACACGCCGACGACGACCAAUGACAACCGUAACGACAAUAGCAGCGGCACCAACACGACCAAUACCAGCACAACGACGACCGGCGGUGGCAGGCAUCGGUGCACCGAGAACCAGGUCAUGUUUGGCAGGCGACAUCGCGCAGGCAGGAGAAGAGCCGGCGAGACGCGAUUACGAGAGAGCCAGUCGCUGAAUCGUAUCACGGAGGUCCAGGAAGCCGAGGCGCCAUCGUCCUGUCACAAUCACUAUCACGUGUCGCGCAACACGACGGUUCCGGGGCCGCAGAACGUCGUCUCCUCGUCGUCGUCGUCAUCGAUGUCGCAGAGCAGCACAGCCUCCCAGCACGGCUUUGCCCAGCCUGCGUCUAAUGUGGCAGCUACCACGGUACAAAAGGCGAAAGGUCUCGGAGCGAGGCUGCUGCAAAGUUGGUCGCUCGGCGGUGGCAAAUCCGUAACAUCAACCAAGCAGUCCGCUCACAGUCCCGAUGGGAAAGGCAACCAGCAGCGGCCAGAUUGCCAGACGGUGGGCGACGAGCGUCGCGGCGGCGAGCACAAGUGUGCGAGGGACCAGGCGGCGCACAAUGAUAAGGAGAAUCGCGGCAACGGCUCGAUGAACCGGAACGAGUGCAAGAACAGGAAGCUCCGACUGCUCAGCCGCUACUUUGCCGUGCACAAGAAGCUGUGCGUGCCGCUGCCGGGCAUCUUUGGCAAAGGCCGGCUCUACAAGGCCCGCUCGUGCGGCAGUAUCACCCGCGACCGCGUGAGCCCCCCGUCGCCUAAAUCGAUGCUGCUGUGCCCCGCGGCUGCAGCGGCUGCCGCGGCUGCCGCCGAGGACAAAUGGCGGGAACGACGGCACUGGUGCAACGCCGCGAUGAAGCAGCAUCGCGGCAGCGACGGCGACAUCAAUCAGAACCUGGGCCUCACGCACCUCAUGCAGGAGAGCAUCGGCAAGGGCUGCGCCGGGAUGCCCACCGUGUGCCACAUUCACCUCGGGGACGCUUCCAAGUGUUGCAGCCUUUGUUGAUGAAUCGCUACCGCUCAAAAGCGACGGAGAGCUCGACGAGCGGGACGAGAAGCGCGUUAGGAGCGCAUUGAACACGAGGUUCCACGUUGGUGCCAGCGACGUAGCUGAACGGUGUCCCAAUUUAUACAAUUUUGAUUUAGCGAAUUGAGUUUCGUUUACAAGGAGUAUAAGGUUCUCCGCGACUCAGAGAUCUGAUUUUUGGUUCUUGUGGAAGAUCUGCGAGCAGCGCGAUGGGUGCCACGUCUCUGGCACAGCUUAACAAGGAUGGUGACUAACGAUUGCCAAAUUGAGUUAUCCGUAAGUACCGAUUAAGCUCCAUUUACGUGCGGAAUAUUCGUCUACACGCGUUCGCGAUUGAUAGUUUCAAGGAAAUACGAUAUCCGUUUCUUGCUACUGCCGAAAUUUGCGUCACGUUGGAGCCGCUGACUGACAGUCGCCCGUGGGGUAAUCGUUAACCGCGAUAACUCUCUUGAGAAUAACGCGGCUCUGGCCCGCCGUCGAUGACUGAUUACACCAUAUCCUCGCUGGUCAAUCAUAGAGCACAAGGAUCAAGACAAGGAUAAGAGAAAGAAUAAAGAGAGCGUACCGAUUCGUCGGUCGCCCCGAGAGAGCUGUAUCUAGUCCAUGUGAACAAACGUAUAUUAAAAUAUUGCAGAGUUUAUAUAUAUAUAUAUGAUUAUUAUUAUUAUUAUACUAUUA